UAUAUAAAGUAAUGGCGACAAUAAAAGAAGAAACGACUAUUCAGUUCGUAACGCGUGUUACAAAAAUUUUGUUUGCAAUCAUAAAAUAAAACAAAAUGACAUUCCUUCAACAAACACACUAUUUCAACAAAAAUCUGAAAUUUUGGCUGUUCCUUGGAAUCUAUCCAUUUGAAAUUAAUUCCAAAUUGUACAAAUUUUAUUCUAAAAUACUUUUUUUUGUAUUUAUAUUUCUAUAUGACUCUCUGAUUACCAUAAAUUUUUAUUUCUUGCCAAACGAUUUGAAUAUGAUCAUUGACGACAUGGUGUUCUAUUUUACUUUACUCUCAAUCAUACCUAAAGUAUUGACAUAUUUCAUUAUGAAAGAAGAUAUAAGAGAUAUAUUAAAUUUCCUAAAUGGCGAGAAAUUUCAACCUAAAAACGAAAAAGAAAUUCAAAUAAUAAACGCUGCAAAGAAAUUUAACGAGAAGUAUUGGAAAGUAGUAGCUAUAUUGUCCUAUUCUUGUAACGUAAUACUUCUUUGUACUCCUGUUAUUCAUCAUCUCAUUACAUCAGUUCCGUUGGAAUUCACAAUCAAUGGUUAUUUUUUUUUGUCUGAAGAUUUUAGAAGAGACUAUGUUUAUUACAUUUACUUCUACCAGGCAAUUGGUGCUCUUCUCAAUAUGCUUUAUAAUAUGAAUAUAGAUUCGUUUUUCUUGGGUCUCUUGAUAUUAGUGAUCGCCAAAAUCGAUAUUCUAGGUGAAAAGUUAAAUAGCAUUACAACCAAUAUCUCGGACUCUGACGGAAUGAUAAACAGAGACAUUGAUGAAAUUUGUAUAAGAAAAUUGAAUGAUUGUAUUCUACAUUAUAAUAAUAUAAGCAAAUUUUGUCUACUAGUGGAGAAAGUUUUUAGUGUGACACUUUUCGUACAAUUCACUGUAUCUUCAUGUACAAUUUGCGUCAGUUUAUACCGUUUAACUCUGCCAUCACCUCCAUCAUAUUACUUAUCCUUAGGGAGCUAUUUAUUUAUUAUAAUUGUUCAAAUAUUUGUGCCAUGUUACUUUGGAGCUCGGAUCAUGGACAAGAGUAGUCAAUUGUCACACGCAGUGUAUAGUUGUAAUUGGACUUCAAGAUCACGAAGAUUUAAAAGCAGCAUGAGACUGUUUAUCGAGAGGUCCCUGCGACCUCAUUCCAUAACGGGAGGGAAAAUAUUUCCUCUUUCUCUGGUCACUUUUACUUCUAUCAUGAACGCGGCAUAUUCUUUCUUUACUCUUCUUGAGAAUAUGCAAUCAAAUGAAACGUGAAGUAUAGAGGAAUUAAUCUUCUUAACUACGUCUUAUAUUAGUCAAUAUUUAGCGUUAUAGAAAUUUAAAGCAGGUACAAUUAUAAUAAAUAAUAAA